AUGCCUCGCCAGCCUGCUCCCGCUUACGUCCUCGGCGUGGGGAUGACGAAGUUCAUCAAGCCCCGGGGUAAAGUCGACUACACCGAAGUUGGUUUCGAAGCUGGUAUCAAGGCGAUGCUUGACGCUCAAAUUACCUACGACGAUGUUGAUCAAGGUGUCGCCUGCUAUUGCUAUGGCGACUCUACAUGUGGUCAGCGAGUCUUCUACCAAUUCGGCAUGACCCAAAUCCCCAUUUAUAAUGUGAACAAUAACUGCUCUACGGGAAGCACGGGCUUGAACAUGGCCCGACAAGCUAUUUCCUACGGGGCUGCCGACUGUGUGCUCGUCGUUGGCUUCGAAAAGAUGUCUCCUGGCAGCCUGAAGGCCAACUUCAAUGACCGCGAGACCCCCAUUGGCACAACCUACAAGAUGUUGCAGGAGACAAGAGGACUUACAAACGCCCCCUUCGCUGCUCAACUCUUCGGUAAUGCCGCUCGAGAAUAUAUAGAGAAAUACGGCGCGAAGGACGAAGACUUCGCCGAAAUCGGUCGUAUCAACCAUGAACACGGCCAGAGAAAUCCCUACGCACAAUUCACCGAAGAGUAUACUCUGGAACAGAUCUUGAAGUCACCCAUGAUCCAUGCCCCCUUGACGAAACUUCAAUGUUGCCCGACUUCCGACGGCGCUGCGGCCGUCAUUGUCGUCUCACAGGAAUUCCUGGAUCAGAGACCACACCUCAAGCCUCAAGCAAUUCUCAUUGCGGGCCAAAAACUCGCCACAGAUUCCCCAGAUCUAUUCAGCCGCUCCGCGAUCGACCUUAUAGGCUAUAAAAUGACAGAGUAUGCCGGGAAGGAGGCUUUGAAAGAAGCUGGCAUUACUCCCCAUGAUGUCAGCGUGGUUGAAGUCCAUGACUGCUUUAGUGCCAACGAGAUGUGCGUGAUCGAUGCCCUCGGUCUGUCACCCAAGGGAAAGGCACAUGAACUGGUUCGCGCUGGUGAUAUCACCUAUGGUGGAAAAUAUGUCAUCAACCCAUCAGGAGGUUUGAUCUCCAAGGGCCACCCUCUCGGAGCUACCGGCCUUGCCCAAUGCGCAGAACUAACCUGGCACCUUCGAGGCUGGGCCAACAACCGCCUCGUCAAGGACACCCAAUACUGCCUCCAACAAAACCUCGGGCUCGGUGGUGCUGCCAUCGUCACAGUCUACAAACGCGCCGACGGUGAGAAAGCCACACCUAUCUCAGAUGAGCAAGUCGGCAAACUCAAUGGACUCGGAUAUAAUCCCGCCACCCAAGCAAAAGGUUUCACCACUGAACAAGCCCGGCGCGCAGUCUCCCAAAAGAACUUUUCCGAUUGGGCCCUGCAAGAUACUCAGACGAAGGUUCAGUCAAGGUUUUAG